UCCAAGUCAUCAUCCCUUUGCAUGCUCGCCUAGCCUGGCCCCGUCCCUUGCCCACUUUCGACUUUGCAAGAUUUCCAAGCUUUCCCUGACAAAACUGUGGCUGCUUGACAUGCCGGAGCCGGACUGCAGCCCGCAGCGCGCACACACGCCCUUUUGCCGGCUUUCAGGCCUCCCAAAAGCCCUCCCUAUUUAGGCACGCGCCCCCAUCCCUCCUCACUCUCACCGGUAUCUUUCAGUAGCGCUCUCUCUCUCUCUCUACCCCACCCAUGGAAACCGCCGAGCUGCAGGGGAGGCAGCAUGCCUGGCGGUGGCCUCUGGACGCCAUGGCCUGCAGCAGCGGCAGCGAGAGCGGCAGGUGUUGCCUUCAGCUUGCAUGGGAUCCGCAACUGAUCAGGUACCUCGGUGGUCUAGGCGUGCUGGGCGUCCCCGACGCCGCCGGUGGUAGUCCUGACGAUCAUGGUGCCAUCGAGCACGAGCUUGGGCGCUUCUUCCCCAAGUGCAUGGAGUGGCAGGGUUCUUCAGAGCAGCCGCAGGACGAUGUGAUGGAGUGGCCCGAGGAGCAGUGGGACGAACUGAUCCGAAAUUUCCCGAUCCUAGACGAGGAUCUGGUAGGCUUCGAUCCCAGCUGGGUUCUCGACAAUACAAGCAGGGCUGCUCCAUCUUUCCUGUGGAAGAAUUCGAAUGAAGGGGGUGCCGAUCUUCUGGCCCCGAGCUCUGCAUCGCCUGUGGAGCCGCCCACAUUGCCGGUGCCAGUGCCGGUGGCACAGCCAGAGCAUCCUCCCCUCAGCUCGCCCUCGUCCAAUCUCAACGUCGACCAACAGCUCCAGAUCACUCGCAUCAACUGUUCGUCCAAACGCCCGACGACACAAGAAACAGAGCAGGAUGGAGGGGGCGGCAAGAGGAGCAGGAAGGCAGGGCCGUCGGUGGUGCGCCCGUUCUCGGUGGUGAAGCCCGGCCCCCGCGGCGUGGACGGCGUCGAGACGCUGGCCGACAUCAACGAGCGGAUCCUGACGCCGUCGGCGAGGCCCGUCCGGCACCCCGUGGGGGAAUUCGCGUGCCCCCCGCGCGCGUCCGCGGGCGGCGGCCGGCCGGCCCCGUCCGGCAAGGCGGUCACGGGGUUCACUAGGCUGCACACCGCCGGGAAGGGCACGAUCACCGUCGUAAGGUCAUCUGGAUGA